AUGAAGUUCCUAGCACUCUGCAUUUUCCUGAUCUUCGCCCUGGUGGCCGUCCAGGCUGCUCCUGGAGGUAUUCGCGGAGGCGGAGGCAAUUUCGGUAAUGGUGGUGGCGUUCAUGGUGGUGGCGGUCCUGGAUUCGGUGGAGCUGGAAACACUGGAGGAAAAGCCGAGGCCAACGCCAAUGCCAGUGCCAGUGCCAAGAGCCAAGGCGGACCAGCCUCGGCCAAUGCCAACGCCUCUGCCGUAGCCCAAUCUCAGGGCGGUGGACAUCGCGGUUGAUUGAUCCUGAAGAGAAGACCCAAAAUGGAUAUUGGACAACUGGAACAACUUAAAUCAGUCACAACCAAAAGUGGGCACGUCGCCGGACGGGCCUCUUUUGUACUAAUGUGGAGCGUUCAUUGAAAACUAUAUUUAAAUAAACUAUUUGUUUUCUUCGGAAGCACAAUAGA